AUGGCGACGGCUGCAGCGCCCGCCCAGCGCUCCUGCGGGCGGCCAGCCCCUGCGGAUCUCCCACUCGGCCUCGAUCCCUUUUGCUACAGACAGUUCGACGAUCCUUCCUACGGAGGCUCGCGGCUGACUGGCGUCACCAAAGAGGAAUUUCUCAAGAAGGUCAACGAUCGAGUGGCGCAAGACUCGACGCUGGAAUUCUUUGAGGGCUACGCGCCUUUUUGUCGGCAUCUCUACAUUCCGAACUUUGUCCGCGCCCUUCCUGGCGCUCUGCCGAUCACUCCCGAGAACGAGCACAUGCUUCGGUCCGGGUACAUCGCCCGCCGUCCCACUGAGCUGGCUGUCUUGACUCGGUGGUUUCCAAUGAGUUACGCGAAGGACGUACUGAAGCCAGCGGCGUAUCUCGAUUUGAUUCUCUACUCGCGUGAGCAAAUCGCGAAGGAGGCGGCCGCCGAGACCGGAACUGAGGUUGUCGUGGAUCCGACAGCUCCGGCGUGGUCGAUCAUCGCUGUGAAAGCGCAGGACGAGGCGUACUCGCUUCCCAUGGCCCCCAUCACAAUGCUGCGGAACACUCUGAUCGAGGAGGGCGGCAGCGGCGUGCGCCUCGACCACGCCGCCUACCGGGCAUCCGUGGCAUACUGGAAAACGCAUGCAGUCAUUAUGGACCGGGAAUCGUCUUUGGACUGA